AUGGACAUCGAUCCAGCACUCCAAGCGGGUCCCUCAAACCUCAACGCAGGACCGUCAACGCUCCCUUCUCAAGCUGAGAAGACCAGCGAAUCCUCGGCUCAAGCCGCCCCUCCUCCCGCACCACAGCUCCCGCUCCCGGCAGCGCACUUCUACUCCGUCGAGUAUCCAGGCUACGUCAAACCCACAUCUGCACCUCUCGCGAUAGAGCGUCUUGGUGGACAACAUGCCAUAGACGCGGCGUUUCGCCGCGCGACCGGGCGAGACCGCGUCGAGUCUCUGCUCGAGCUGCGUCUCCGUCCAGGCAACCCGUACGCGCAUCCUAUCCCCGGGGAGGUGGUGCAUACGAGCAACAUAGUGCUCAAGGUUGUGAAGCGGAGGCGGAAGCGAAAGGAUGGAGAUCCUGGAGAUGGCGCGAUAGGAGAAUACACUGUGGAGGCUGUGGGUGUUGUGCCCAAGACGGCGCGGUUCAGAAGUAUGGCGGACUUCCAGUAUCAGCCAGAUAUGGCCGACCCGAUAGCGAAGUUGCGCAACGCGAUGGAUGCCAUGGAUGUGGAGGGAAUAUUGAAGUACCACAUCCCUCCAGAAAAGGAGGACUACACGAUCACCACAACACAAGCUGACCCUUCUGCCAUGGACAUCGACCCACAGCUCCUCGGGGAGGGCACCAGUUCUGGUACAACAGUGAGGACAAAGAGCAACCUGCGGCUGUUCCCCCCGCCCCUGUUCAGUCGACAAGGUGUCCCGCAGAACUACAACUACAAGGCGAACACAGCGUCCAUUGAGGACAUUGUCGUGGACAAGGAAACUGGCGAAGAGAAGAAGCGGCUGAUCAAUCGUAUGCGUUGGAAGGGCUUCGCGCCGAUAUCUGUGUCCUACAGCGACAAGAAUGUGCCCGACAAGCCCUCAGCGCCGGUGGAAGAGCAACGCGGUCAAGCUGACAAGAAUAUCUUGAAGAAGCUUGAAGAGCUCUUUCAAGAACGACCGGUGUGGACGCGUGCAGCCAUAUUCAACCAGUUCAUGCCUUUGGAAGUGCGAGAUAUCAUCAACACGAAAUAUCUCUUGCCGCUGGUCUCCUACGUCUUCGAGGACGGCCCCUGGCGAGACACCUACGUUCGCUUAGGAUACGACCCUCGUGUGGACCCCGAGGCCCGAUUCUACCAACGCCUAUACUUCCGGAACGUCAACCACCCCAUCGUCCGCCCCUCGGUGGUCACCCGCCGACAGGAGCAGCGCAACGAAUCCGCGCAGGUGCGCUUCUCCGGCAUGGACGGGCGGCGCUCGCACGUCUUCGAUGGCCAGGUGGUCACGUCCGAGACCGCUGCGUUCCAGCUGUGCGACAUCACGGACGCGAUGCUCAAGGAGAUGAUCGAGGCCGACGACGAGGACUCGCUCCGCGAGGCGUGCAACGAGCGCGACGGGUGGUACACGACGCACGCGCUGGAGCGCAUCAAGACGGUGCUCAGGCACAAGUUCUUCUCGCUCCUCCUCGGGCACGUCGCGACUCGGAAGGAGUGCGAAGCAUUGCUUGUACCGCACGAAGGGACAGAUAAGCUCCCCCAGAGACACAGGCACAGGCUGAAAUUCGGCAAGCAUAAUAUGGCCAAAGGCGCGCUGCCUCCGGAAGAUGCAGCCGCACAACGACUAAUGACCACGAUAGAGCAGCAGAGGAAGAGCCUCAAAUUCACUCCCCUAUGAACCUUCUUGCCUUCACCGGCGGUCCUUGCAAAGGGGUUAUGUACUUGAUACUCG